CCUAAACACUAGUUUAAAACCCGGCAACCGUUCGUCUUCGUCUCUCUUCUGAGUUCUAAGAAAGUAAGAAACCCUAAUUUACACAAUCAAACCAUUCUUAGUGUCUGAUCAAUUGACAUUGCUGCAAAUGAGGGGUCGUAAAUGGAGAACAUCAUUGGUGGAAAACAAUUAUCUACCAUCAGAUUUAUUGCGGGAGAUUUUGUGGUAUGCUCCUAUGAGUAAUGAUUAUAGGGUGGUCGCGGUUGAGCGUGCGGAUGAUAAAGCUUUGGAGUUGUCGAUUGCGAUAUAUUCGGUAGGUGAUCAUCUUUGGAGGGUUCAUCCCAAUAAGAUUAAGGUUCCCAUCAGGUGCUUUGAAAGAAUACAGGCGAGGGACGGGGUUGUUUUCUCCCAAGGGGUUAUGUAUUGGAGACCUUAUUCUAGAAUAUUGCUUGAAGAAAAUACCCAUCUUAUUUGUUUUGACUUUGAUGAUGAGAAAUUUAGCUAUCUGAAGUUGCCAGAUAUCGAGAAGGACAUGCUUGUGUUUGUUUUCCUCCUUGGUGGGUCAUUAGCGGUUCUUGGCAUCUCGCAUGUAAGAAGCUGCAUAUGGGUAAUGGAUAAAGAUGCUGGAAGGGAGCCAUGGCGGCAAUAUUAUUCAGGAGAUUUUAUUUUCGAUGCUUAUGAGUUCAUUAGCAAUUGUUCAUCUCAAUCGUUGCAGAUUCUGUAUAUUGAAAGUAGUGGUACGUUGUUGGUAGGUGGAGGCAAGAAAUUGAUGUCUUAUAACAUGACAAGUCAUCACAUACAGCAUUUGGGAAGAUCUAUACGUUGUACGUCUGUGGAUACUUAUGUUGAGAGCUUGGUGUUGCACAAAGGAUCCAAAGGUGCAACUUUGACAUCACUUCCAUAAAAAGGACAGCAGCACACAGUGGCUGAUUUUAGAAGAUGAAUGGUAAAAACUAAAAAGUACUGCAUAUGAAUUCAUUGGUUGUGUUUACAUAUGUUUUUAAAGUCCUAUAAUUGCCAGAUAAUGGAUAGUGUUAGUCUUACUAAUUGGUUAGCUUAUCCCUCAACGAGUCAAUGUUAGUAGUGGAUGAUACAAAAUUAAUUUUUGUAGACGGUGCUUAUCAUUUUGAUUUAUUAGUUCUGGAUGUUGAAACUGAGAGACUUAUAAAUUAUCAGUUUUGCAGACUGCAGUUGAUGCUUUGACUGCACUUUUACUA